AUGGCGUCAGAGGAGCAGGCAGUAGAGAGCGCUUGUGCUGCAGAUUUGCGGAUUGUCCUGCUGGGCCGGACAGGCUGUGGUAAAAGCUCCACAGGAAACACCAUCCUGGGUGUUCCAGCGUUUCGGACGGACAUCUCUCCACUGUCCGUCACUCAGGAGUGUGAGAGCGCCAGUGGCACAGUGGAUGGGCGGACAGUGCAGGUGAUCGACACCCCUGGUUUCUUUGACACCUCUCUGUCUGCGGAGGAGGUUUGCAUGGAGGUUGGACGCUGUGUGAUUCUCUCUGCUCCUGGACCUCAUGCGUUUCUAUUGGUCCUUCAGCCAGGGAGGCUGACCCUAGAACAGUGGGCCGCUCUAGACUGGCUCAGUGCCGUUUUUGGCCCUCAGGCUCUAAAACACACCCUACUCAUUCUCACCUGGGCUGACCAGCUGGGAGGAAAACCUGCUGAGAACUUCCUGCGUGAGAGCGAGGAGCUCUGGGAGUUUACAAUGAAGUGUGAGGGCGGUUUUCAUGCGCUGGACAACACCAAGGGCAGCCAGGAGCGUGGCCAGGUGGUGGAGCUGCUGAAUAAGAUUGACACUAUGGUGGAGAGAAAUGGAGGAAGCCCCUACACCUGUGAGAUGCUACAACAUGCAGAAAGAGCCAUUCGCCAGGUGCAGCUAAGGAUUUUAGGAGAAAAGGGGGUGGGGCUAAGGGAAGGGGAGAUUGAGGGACCUGAAGACGGGCAGAAAAGACAGAAAGAGGAAGAGGAGGCAAGGAAGACAGCAGAGAGAGAGUUUUGGUGUGAAUUUGUCACGGCUAUGGGCAAGGGGGCGCUGGAGGGCUCCGGAGUGAUGGAAAAAGGAAAGGGGAAAGGAAAGAAAACGAAAACAGUGCAGAGGGUGGCGGCUUUAGCUUCAGCACCACUGUCUGUCAGUUCUGCAGCUAAAAUAGUGGGCGGGGCUGUGAGGGAAGGAAGCAAAGUGCUUUACAAACACAGGAAAACACUGAGUGAAAAAAUCACCAAAAACCUGAAUAAAUGACACUUUUGAGUCUAUGUACUGGGCUCACAGACUCACACACUUCACACAGUUUUAACACAGUAACAUAAAACACUGACAAGUCCAGGCACAUGCACAGUUAGACCCCAGAGGGAGCUCCUGCCCUUUUGCCCCAAAAACUGUAUAAGUGCCUCCGAUAGUACGAUUGGCAUUUGUUUCAGUGAGGUGAUGCUCAGUCCUGCUCUGGGAAUAGAGCUUGUGGGUCAGCUCGGGGUCCACUAGCUUCAUCAUUCUUCAGCACCCCCUUAGAUGCAGUACUGCCGCCUGUGGUGAUUUCAUAUCAUAACUUCCUCCAGCUCAUUGCGGGGGACCACAAGUCGCUCCCAGGCCAACUUGGAGUUAUAAUCCCUCUAGCGUGUUCUAGGACAACCUUGGGGUCUCGUAUUAGUAGGCUGUGCCUGGUAAACCUCCACCGGGAGGCAGCCGGGGG